CGUAUUACAGCUUUUUUUCUUAACAUUCUGGUGUAAAACCUCGCUGCUGGAAGGUUAAACGCUGCCUGUGAGACCGCGGCUGCCGGGCUUGGUGGUUAUUUAUGUGCCCAGAUACGUGAUUUGGUCGGUUAUGCGUUAAUACCAGAUUUCUGAAGGAGUCAGUGUAAAAUAAUGGGGGGGGGGGGGGCGUGUGCUUUUUAUUCCUUAAUGGGGAAAAAAAUAUAUUUGCUUAAAACGUUUAGUAUGAAGAUGACCUAAGCCUGCGUGUUCUUGCACAGCUAUUUAAGGCCGGAUUCCUUGGAAAGUCCAUUAGUUUUUCAAAGAGAAGUACAAAUAUAAUGUCAGGUGGCUGAAAAUUUGACUAUCAAAAUGUCAAAAAGGCCAUCCUAUGCCCCACCUCCCACCCCAGCUCCUGCAACCCAAAUGCCCAGCACCCCAGGGUUUGUGGGAUACAAUCCAUACAGCCAUCUGGCCUACAACAACUACAGGCUGGGAGGGAACCCGGGCACCAACAGCCGGGUCACGGCUUCCUCUGGUAUUACCAUUCCCAAGCCCCCCAAACCCCCAGACAAGCCCCUGAUGCCCUACAUGCGGUACAGCAGGAAGGUCUGGGACCAAGUGAAGGCGUCCAAUCCUGAUUUGAAGUUAUGGGAAAUUGGCAAGAUUAUUGGAGGAAUGUGGCGAGAUCUCACUGAUGAAGAGAAGCAAGAGUAUUUGAAUGAAUAUGAAGCUGAAAAGAUCGAGUACAACGAGUCCAUGAAGGCCUACCACAACUCCCCUGCCUACCUGGCCUACAUCAACGCCAAGAGCCGCGCCGAGGCCGCGCUGGAGGAGGAGAGCCGGCAGAGGCAGUCGCGCAUGGAGAAGGGGGAGCCCUACAUGAGCAUCCAGCCCGCCGAGGACCCCGACGACUAUGAUGAUGGGUUCUCCAUGAAGCACACGGCCACGGCGCGGUUCCAGCGCAACCACCGGCUCAUCAGUGAGAUCCUCAGCGAGAGCGUGGUGCCCGACGUCCGCUCCGUGGUCACCACGGCCAGGAUGCAAGUCCUGAAACGCCAGGUUCAGUCCUUAAUGGUUCAUCAGCGUAAACUCGAAGCCGAGCUGCUGCAAAUUGAGGAGCGUCACCAGGAAAAGAAGAGGAAGUUUUUGGAAAGCACAGAGUCCUUCAACAACGAGCUUAAAAGGUUAUGCAGCCUGAAGGUGGAAGUGGAUAUGGAAAAAAUUGCAGCUGAGAUUGCCCAGGCUGAGGAACAGGCUCGCAAGAGGCAGGAGGAAAGGGAAAAGGAAGCAGCUGAGCAAGCCGAGCGCAGUCAGAACAACCUGGCAGCUGAGGAGGAGCAGGCAGCCAGCAAGGGGGAGGAGAAGAAGGAAGAGGAGAGCACUCCGAUGGAGACAGAGGAGCCUCACGCGGAGGAGGGCGCGGAGAACCAGCAGAACGGUGAGGAGGGGACCUCCACCCCCGAGGACAAGGAGAGUGGGCAGGAGGGCGUGGACAGCACGGCCGAGGAGGGGACCAGCGACAGCAACACGGGCUCGGAGAGCAACAGCGCGACCGUGGAGGAGCCGCCUGCAGACCCCACGGCCGAGGAGGGCGACAAGAAGGAAUAACCACUGUGUCUGUAAUGAAGUACUGUGUGAUCUCAGAACGUGCUCCGCCGCUGUUGUACCUUCCCUGCCUCUGUCACUUGUCUCCAAAGGAUCCCGGGGGUUGAUGACACGUCAGGUUACCAGUGUAGCGAUGUGAGGGGCCCUGCAGAGGCACAGGGUGUCCUGCAGCAGGCAGAAAAGGAACCUCCUGUGUCUAGGCACGGCUGUUGCAGUGUGGAGAGGGGCUUAUAUCACUUGGGAUUCUUCCCUAGAAAGACAGAUUUGGGUUUAGUUUUGGUUUUAAGUGAGAAAUCAGGCCUUCUCUCUUCCUUCUCGUUCCACGACCGCAGUGACUGGCGGUUUUUCCAAGGGCCCUUCCUGUCCCUGUGUGGCAGCAGUGAGCUGCAGGUGUGUCUCACCCAGGCUGCAGCCCUGACUUGUCUGCACGACUGAGGCAUUUAAAGCUGAUGUUACUUUGGAGCAAAGGCCUGAUGUCACCUGGAGCCUCUCCUCAUCCAGCAGUCCGCUGUGUCCCACCGCUGCUGUGCUCUGUGCCAGCCCAGGGCAAGUUCUGCUGCAACUGCCCCAGUCUUUGCUUUGAAAGAAGGCUUUCAGUCCUCAGGAGCAGCUCUGGAAUGAGGCUGAAAGGUGGAGUUUAGGGGUUUUUCAUUGUAACUUAGUUGUUUUUCUAGAGGAACUGCUCUUACAGUGAUGGAAACUUGCUCGUGGUCUGCGUGCAGCGUGUCAGGAGAUCCAGCUCCAAAGGACUCAGUGUAGUCUUGCAGUAAAUGACACAUCUUCAGGGAUUUUUUCUGUGGUGCAGGAUUCCUUUCAGCAAGCCUUUGCUUUUCUUUACCAAUUAACUCCUUUUUUUGCUACCAAGAGACCCUGGUGUGGCCUCAGCCAGAGCCCUGGCACAGUACAGAGCAGGAGAGCGUUUAAACACGCACAUGUUCUCUGAGCAGACAGUCACUGAUACGGCACAAAUGGUAAAAAAUAGUAGUUUUGUUUGUCAUGAGCUUUCAGAACCUCUGGGAACUACAAGAAAAGGCCACAAUUUACCCUACAUAAGCAAAAGCCCUAAAAAAAAAAAAAAUACAUUUAAUUGCAACAAAAGCUCCAGGCAACUUUUUGACUUUAUAACUGA